AUGAAGUCGACAAUAUCGUUUAUAACGGGGCUGGUCGCGAUUGUAGCUCAGGUGGCUGCUCAAGAUCAAGCUGUACUGAAAGCGUCCGCAGUAAAAUCUGCAAAUAAUGCCAUCGAGACUGGUGUAGGGCAUUUCAGCGAGUGGAGCAGAGCAACCAAGCGGCAGUUCUUGGUCGACUGGCAGGCAGGAAAGUCCUCGGAAUGGACGAUCGUUCAAGGGAAUGAGGGCGGGGAUUUGGACUCGAUGACAGCAGCACUUACCUGGGCCUAUCACCUGGAACAUUCAACCCAGAAUACCUCGCAUCCCGUCAAGGCUAUUGCCCUUCUCCAGACUCCUGUAGAUGCACUGGAUCUUCGACCCGAGAACAAGCUGGCCCUUCACAACUCUCAAAUGAGCAGUGGGCAUUCAGAUCUUCUCACCAUCGAUGAACUUCCACAAAAUCCAUUGACUCUCUCUCGCGAGAUCAAAGGCAUAGUCAUUGUUGACCAUGCUGUUCCACUGCGAAAAUGGAACGGAGCAAAGAUCUUGAGCAUUUUCGAUCACCAUCAAGACUCCGGAGCAGGACCUGACGCAGAACCACGCGUUUUWGAAAAGGUCGCUAGUUGCACAAGCCUGGUAGCACGCCAGAUGUUUGACGAGUUUGAAAAGCUUCCGCAAGAAUAUCACUUACCGCAUGAGCUGCUCGAGCUGAUUCUCAGCGCCAUUGCCAUCGAUUCUGGUGGCCUGGAAUCUGCCACUGACGAGGAUCGCAAGAUUUCGAAGCGAGUUUUGGCGCGUAGCAACUGGCAUAAAAAAGAUCUCGACGAGCGUAUGCAGGAACUAGCCGACGAACUUAAAACAGCCAAGAAGGACGUGGAUCAUCUUUCACUCCGAGAUCUGCUUCGAAGAGAUUGGAAGGGUGAUCUCGUUGAUACCCCUUCCCCACUCACGCCGACUGUGAGCCUAGGAUUCUCCUCAAUCCCCUACUCCAUGGACGAGCAAAUCAACAAGACGGAAUUCGAGGCUCUCUUCGAUUGGUUCGCCAUCGAAGCAGCCUGGACUUCUCAAGUCGAUACUGAUAUCUCCGUCGCUUUGAACAAGUACAAGAUCAGAGACGAAGAUGGCAACAAGCAGAAGAUUCGAGAGAUUGUCCUCGUAGUGCGGAGCGACGUGCGCAUUGACGAGGCCCAAGCGAACGCUCUGUUUGACACUGUGUCUGAUGCUAUCAACAAAGAGCCUACGUUGCAUGCGAAGCCUUGGCACCGAGCUGACGAGCUUGGAAAGAGGCAGAUGGUGUGGACUCACGAGCGCAGUGAUGCUGGUCGGAAAGUCAUUCGGCCUAUUAUUGAGGCGGCUGUGCAAGCUUGGGAUUAG